AUGACGACCUCUCACAAGCGCUUCAACAUGGGCGGCAUCCACACGGUCGUCUACAACCUGGACGCCGCCCUGGCCUCACCUCACCCCAUCGCGGUCCUCGUAGCAUCUCACGGACUCAUGGGCAAGCAGUUUGACCUGAAAAACCUCGUUGCAGGUAUCUUGGAAGGUACUCGUAAACUGGAACAUCAGGACCAACAUGACCGGACGAGGAGGAGGGAGAUCGUCAUCGUCACCCUAGACCAGCGGAAUCACGGCGAACGGUUCGUGGACGACGAGGCUAAUCAGUACUUAGCCAAGAAUGAGAGACAUCCGUUAGACCUGUACUCGCUGUUUCGCGGGACGACGAGCGACGUCUCGGGCUUGAUAGACAUCAUCCCCAGUUACCUUUUUCCUUACGAUGAGAAAACGGUCGAGGAGUUCUGGAUGACAGGAAUCAGCUUGGGGGGCCACGUCACGUACCAACUCCUCACACACGACCCCCGCGUCCGGCUCGGCAUUCCCAUCAUCGGCUGCCCCGACUACACCUCCCUAACAACCUCCCGCAUGAAAUCACACGGCCAACCCUGCAUAUUCCCCCAAACCCUCCAAUCUCUUCUCAAACGCACCGACCCCAUCAACUCUCCUUUCGACACCUCUGACCCUAAACUCAAUCCGUUCUGGAACAAGAAGCUCUUGGUCCUCACCGGUCAGGCCGAUGAUGUCGUCCCCGCAGCUCUAGGAGAGCCGUUUUACGAUCGUCUACAAGUCGGUCCGGAGGGCGUCAAGGAGAGGUGGAGUCAGGAAGGGUGUGGGCAUCGGUGUAGUAGGGAGAUGAUCGAGCGGGCGGCCGAGUUUUUGUGGGAGCAUGGGUUGAGCGAGGAUGGAAGUAGCGAACAGCAAGGCCAGGGAGGGAAGAGUAUGCUAUGA